UAAAAACAAAAGUGUCAGUGUUGUAGGGCAUGUGCUACUGAGAUGCUUGCUCCCUGGAUCCUAGUUUUGGCCGUGGCCUCUCUGGCCUCCGCUCAGACAGUGGAGGAACAAGCCAGGGCAUUCCUACAAAAAUUUGAUGAGGAUGCGUCUCGUCUCAGCUACCAGUAUUCCCUUGCAUCCUGGGCCUACAAUACAGACAUCUCCCAAGAAAACGCAGACAAAGAGGCUGAAGCAUAUAGGACCUGGAGCGAGUACUACAGUAAGAUUUCUGAGGAAUCCAGUGCUUUUCCUAUCGAUCAGAUCUCUGAUCCAGAGAUUAAAUUCCAGCUCAGAAAGCUUCAAGAUAAGGGAUCAGGGGCCCUUUCACCUGACAAGGCCAGCCAACUUAGGAAUAUCUUAUCAGAUAUGAGCACUAUUUACAACACAGCAACUGUGUGUAAAAUCGACGAUCCCUCUGACUGUCAAACUUUGGAGCCAGGUCUAGAUAGCAUUAUGUCAAACAGCAAAGACUACUAUGAACGUCUACAUGUUUGGGAGGGCUGGAGAGUGGCUGCAGGGAAGAGGAUGAGACCCCUGUAUGAGGAUUACGUGGACCUGGAGAACGAAGCAGCCAGACUAAACAAUUACGCUGACCAUGGAGAUUACUGGAGGGGGGAUUAUGAAACCACUGAUGAGCCCAAGUAUAGCUACACCCGAGACCAAGUAAUGGAAGAUUCCAGGAGAAUUUACAAUGAGAUCUUACCUUUAUACAAAGAGCUUCAUGCUUAUGUGAGAGCCAAACUGCAGAAUGCUUAUCCUGGUCACAUCGAAUCAGACGCUUGUCUUCCUGCACACCUGCUUGGUGAUAUGUGGGGACGUUUUUGGACCAACCUUUAUCCUCUCACCGUCCCAUAUCCUGAAAAGCCUGAUAUUGAUGUGAGCUCUGCAAUGGUGGCCCAGGGCUGGGAUGAAAUGCGACUGUUUAAAGAGGCAGAGAAAUUUUUUGUGUCUGUGAAUAUGCCAGCAAUGUUUGACAACUUCUGGGAAAACUCAAUGUUUGUAAAACCUAACGAUGGAAGGAAGGUGGUGUGCCAUCCUACCGCAUGGGACAUGGGAAACAAACAGGACUUCAGGAUCAAAAUGUGCACUGAAGUGAACAUGGAUAAUUUCUUGACUAUUCACCAUGAGAUGGGGCAUAACCAGUACCAGAUGGCCUAUCGUGACAAAUUGUACCUGCUGAGAGAUGGCGCUAAUGAAGGCUUUCACGAGGCUGUGGGAGAGAUCAUGUCCCUCUCUGCGGCCACACCCUCUCACCUGAAGGCCUUGGGACUUCUACCUGCCGACUUCAGUGAUGAUUACGAGACAGACAUUAACUUCCUGUUAAAGCAGGCGCUUACCAUCGUUGCUACUCUGCCCUUCACCUACAUGCUGGAGGAGUGGAGGUGGCAAGCGUUUAAAGGGACCAUCCCAAAAGAUGAGUGGAUGCUGCGCUGGUGGGAAAUGAAGAGAGAGCUAGUAGGUGUAGCUGAGCCUGUGCCCCGAGACGAGUCAUACUGCGACCCACCUGCCCUUUUCCAUGUGUCUGGGGAUUAUUCCUUCAUAAGGUACUUUACUAGAACAAUAUAUCAGUUUCAGUUCCAAGAGGCAUUGUGUAAGGCAGCUGGACACACCGGCCCGCUUUUCAAAUGUGACAUUACAAACUCAACCGAAGCCGGCAACAAACUUAGGCACAUGCUUGAGUUAGGCCGAUCCAUGUCUUGGACUCGCGCCCUUGAGGAAGUUGCAGGAACCACAAAGAUGGAUUCCCAACCUCUGCUAAAUUACUUCAGCACUCUCUUGGAAUGGCUAAAGCAGGAGAACCAGAAAAACAACAGAUUGACACACUGGAACGUCAACCGUGAUCAAUAUUCAGAAAAUGCAUUUAAGGUCAGAAUAAGUCUAAAAGCUGCCAUGGGAGGUGACGCCUACACUUGGAAUUCAAAUGAAAUGUAUCUCUUUAAGUCCACAAUGGCUUUUGCUAUGCGCAAAUACUACUUGGAAGAAAAGGGCCAAGAAAUGAAUUUCAUGUCAGAAAAUAUCUACACAUACAAAGAAACGCCUAGAAUCUCAUUUUAUUUUGUGGUGAUGGACCCAACCACACCAGGCCUGAUUAUUCCUAAAGCAGAAGUGGAGGCAGCUAUACGGCUUUCAAGAGGACGUAUCAACAGUGCAUUUCUACUCAGUGAUGAAACAAUGGAAUUUGUUGGGCUGAUGGCAACUUUGGCCCCACCGAAGGAGGAAAAGAUCACAGUUUGGCUGGUGGUGUUCGGUGUGGUAAUGGGACUAACAGUAUUUGUGGGGAUCUACCUUGUUACCUCAGGAAUAUUCAAUAGGAGGAAGAAAGCUAAGAAGGUGGAGGACACUACAAACCCAUAUGAGAAUGCAGAUAAAGGGCAAGUGAACAAAGCCUUUGAAGAUGUUGAACAAACAGGAUUCUAAAGAAAUUGAUUUUAUCAAACCUAACAGGUUCUCAUUAACAUCAGAAUGGAUGAAAAAGAUUUUACACCAAGACAUAUGGAGACUUUUUAUAUAAUGUAAUGAAUAAAAUACUUUUUCACAAAUACAUUAAGAGAAUCAAAUGGAAAAUAAAAGACAAAUGUUAAUAGUUAAAUAUUUUAAAUAUGUUAGAAAGGCACAAUGUGUUUUUUUACAGAUGUUUUUGUUAAUAGUUUAAUAAACAUAAUAAACAACAAUAUAAUAAAAUAAAAUGUAAAAAGAA